AUGGGGGCCUUCACUUUGCUAGCUUGCCUGCACGCUCUGUUCCUUUUUGUUUCUCCUGCAAGAAACAUUUCUUUCAAGUGCAUACAAGAUACUGAUGAAUUCCUUUCUGAUCUGAAUUCACUGAAGCCCAAAGAAUACGCUCUGAGAAUGUACGACUCUGUGGGAAAGCUCGGAAGCAACAUUCUUAAUGGCAACGUGGACAGGCUGGGGUCCUACAGCGAGUGCCUUUCCACCCAGAGCCCCAGGGGGAGUUUCCGGGGGCAGUACUGCAAGCUUCAUAUCCUGCAGGAUGGAACAGACUAUAGUGUGGGUGUGUGUGUUCCUGAUUCUUGUGCUGAAGAGGACGUGACCAUGAUGUCUCAGCUGGCGGGGACGUCCAUACAGGCUUGGUUGUCCCCUCACCACUAUCAAAAACCAUCAUUAUGGAUACCACCCAAAUGCGAUAGACCUGGCCAGGUGUCUUCUUUCUGCAGGUUCAUCACCUUGCUAGGCCUUGUCUUCCCAGUGACUGGAACUAUUUACAUGGUGGCCAGGGACUGGGGCUUAGGCCUCAGGACAUCAUCUGUACAUGGGACUCCUCCCACCAGUUGUGAGAGUCUGCCUUUGCGAACUGUGGAGAGCAACAAACAAAGAAGCAGGGCCAGUUGCCAACUUCAGCUCCCUCCUCCAGGACCCCCGAGCAGAGGAAAAAGGUUUCUAGGAGCUGUGGAUGGAGUUCUGCAGUGCUUUUCUUGGCAGAAGAACUUGCCAGCCAUCUUCACCCCAGAGCUGCCGGGAGGCACAUGCCGGACACUGAACGGGAUCCGAGUCCUGAGUCUCCUCUGGAUUAUCUCGGGACACACCAGUCAGAUGACCGCUUGGCUAUCUUUGGAUAAUGUGCUCGAAUGGAAAGCCAGAGUGCCUGAGAACCCGCUGUACCUCUACUCUCGGAGCGGCCCGUUCUAUCUCGGGGUGGAUACAUUUUUCCUGAUCAGUGGUUGGUUAAGUGCAAGGUCAUUUCUAAAGAUGCACCAGAACACCAGCGCAGGAAUACCCCCUAAAGUCAUUCUCAGAUACUUUCUGAAACGUUUUACAAGGUUGCAGCUCCUUCACUUGUACUCUGUGUGCUUGCUGGUUGGUUUCUUCUCUUUUGUUCCCUGGGGACCUGUCUGGGAAGUGGCCCAGUUCCAUUGGGAUAACUGCCGGGAGGUUUGGUGGACGAAUCUGCUGCUGCUGAAUAACUUCCUGUCUGUUCAGAAUGCCUGCAAUGGCUGGACUUGGUACCUUGCCUGUGACUUCCAGUUCCACCUCAUGACACCGCUGAUCUUCUUCAUCCAUGGAAAAAGUAAACGUGUCCUUGUCCUCCUUGGGGGCCUGCUGUUCCUGGCAUCAUCCACGGCCACUGCUCUGCUCACAUUGGCUUAUAAACUUCCAGUGGCAUCUCCAUCAGCAGCCAGCGAGAAUGGGACUAUGCUAUAUUUCUCAGAGUAUUACACCAAGCCCUACUGCCGCUGUGGCCCGUUCCUCGUGGGCCUCUUUCUGAGCAUGUUCAUGCAUUCAGACCACCCUACAGACAUUCUCAAAACUAAGGUGCAGGCCAUGCUGGGCUGGACUUUCUCUCUGCUGACCCUCUUUGCAGUUGUUGCCCUGGCGUACGUAGUAGAUGACACCUCUCCAACCUCUUCCGUGGCUGCUGCCGUCUACCAGGCCCUCCAUCGGACCCUGUGGGCAGCAGCUGUGGGCUGGGUCAUCUUUGCCUGUCAGGAAGGCUAUGGAGGUCCCGUGAAGUGCAUGCUUUCUUACGGUAUCUGGAGUCUCCCGGCUAGCAUAAGCUAUGCUUGCUACCUCGUACACCCCAUCGUGAUCAUUCUCUAUAACGGGCUGCAGGAGACCCUUAUUCACUACACGGACACCAACAUGUUCUAUCUUUUCUCUGGACACUGUGUGCUGACCUUCCUCUGUGGGCUGGCCCUGACCCUGUUCAUCGAGCGACCGUGGCAGGAACUGAAGUGGGGCUUGUGGGGACCACUUCCUGCUGGGCCAUGAGCAUUCCAACUGAAACCCAAGAGAACCACAGGCCCUCUGCUGGUGACAAACAGAGGCAAUGAACAUCGUAGUUCUCAGAAUGCGAAUCUGAUUUUGUGAACAUUUACUGUGUACAAUGUGGACAGAUAACCUGUGUUCUCUAUAAAAAGCAAUUCUAUGAUGAUUUUUUAAAAUACUUGUACAAUAAUCUCUUUGUCUUGGCUUAGAUUUGAUUUUCUGUAUCAGUGACUGACCACAGUGUUAAAGUAUUAAAAUAGAGGGCAGGACCUAAGUAUAAAAAGGCACACAGUCAUGGUCUUUCUCCACCAUGACCUUAGCUUUGCAUGAUUUGAAAACAAAAUGUAGGGGCACGAGAAAUGGCUCAGUUGCUAAGAGCACUGACUGCUCUUCCAAAGGUCCUUAGUUCAA